AUGUCGAGGGCAAAUAUUCGCGUCACGAGCACCACGAAUAUCGGGCCGCUGACGACACCAUACAGGCCGCCUGAUGAGUGCAUCACGGAGCUCUACGUCGCGCAGUCAUACGAUACGACAAAAGUGCUCUUCUCGGGAUACGUGCAGUCAGAUUGCAAGCCCAGCGGAUAUGCAUCUGCGUACGCAAAACAGCUUAAUCCUGUUAUGAGCCCGGGUAACUCAUGCCCGUACGACUACCUCGCUGCUUGCACAUAUACUGGAGCGAGCGUCACUUUUGCGUCGUCGAACCAAACAGCUGCUCCGUGGGACGCUCUGGAGCCUUUUGAGAUUGCAGUUGGAUGUUGCCCAUUCGGCUACUCUUGCGGUCCAUUACCGUACGGAUGCACACUACAGAUGGACGCUGGCACCACCAAAGCCACCCCCAUCGGCACGAAUGGAUCCCCAGUUACCAUCACUAUUGAUUCUACAACAAGAGGUGGCGCCACAGCCCUUGGUGUCAUCUAUGUCUCGCAGCAGUCUGGUCACAGCUCGCUGCCCACGAAAACCGCCUCUCCAUCCCGCGACUCAUCCUCCUCUUCAGACACAUCUUCUUCCAGCGACUCAGGCCUAUCGAUUGGUGCCAAAGCCGGCAUCGGAAUCGGCUCCGCAGCAGCUUUUCUUCUUUUAUCCAUGGCCAUAUUUAUGAUUUUGCGCUACCGCAAAGGAUCCAAGAAAUCAACAAUGCCCCGCGAUGGCGAGGCCCAACCAUACCACGGCGAGCCGUACGCUGGGCAAGACCACGCCGUGCACAACGAACCACCACCAGCAUUUACAGCCCACCAUGCAACAGCAGCAGCCGCCGCCGCAGCAGUAGUGUACCCGAAUGAAAAAUACCCCAUGAUCCCCGAGGAUUCUGCUGUGGUUUAUUCAAACGAGAAAAAGGAAGAAGAAGGAUCAUUGGAUAAUGAAAUAUCUGAGCUCGACGGAAUCGACGGCGUCACUAGCGGCCGUAUCUCCGAGCUGCCAGCCGAGACAAAUCGCACUUCGUGGCUGCGCAGCGUAUACUCGGUUGAGCUAGACGCGGAAAAGCCGCUACCAAAACGGCCAGAUGAGGACCAGGAUGACGAGCAGCCCAAGGAUGACGAGGUUUAUGAGGUUGGAUCGUAG